AUGGCUCCUUUGGUGCUCACACUGGUGGUUCUUCUACCUGUGACCUUUGCCAUCUGGAAUCUUGUUUGCCUGGUUAAGAACUAUAGGAUUGCCCUGACGAUUGGAAUUCCCAUUAGGAUCCUCGUUGCAAGUGGUGAUAAUCCAGUAUGGAUUCUCGCAUCAGGCAUCGUGUUUCCUAUUGUAAAGGCUGUAUUCGGCGAUUGUGAUAUCGUUCGGUAUAGCAAGCCGGGCUGGGAGUUCAAAGACAAGUACACCAUGCACCAAAAGCUUAGUAAUGCAGUCAUUCAUGUCUCAGCUGGUCGUAACUGGUUAUAUCUCUGCGAUACAGAUUCAGUCAAUGAAGUUUUCAAGCACAAAGAUGAUUUUGAUAGACCUCCGGACUUGCUUGCGGUUUUGUCGGUUUUCGGACCUAAUAUCUCGAAAGCUGCAGGUCCAGAUUGGCAGCGUCAACGCAAAAUUACCAGCGCUCCUUCCAAUGAUAAAAACACCCGGUUAGUUUGGAUCGAGGGCUUAAGACAAGCAGAUGAGAUUUUGCAAUUCUGGAAAUCUCUAAAGGGCCCCAUCACCCGAACAGAUAAGGAUACCCGUACAUUCUCACUUCAUCUAGAGACUGUAAGACUCUACAAUCCACUCAUCGGUAUCUGCAAAUCUACCUUUGAAAGGCCACAACCGCUUACGGUCGAUGGCCGAACCAUCAGUAUCCCGCCCGGUACGCGUAUCAUUGCGAAUUCUAACGCUCUACACUCACAUCCGCGAUACUGGGGUAAUAAUAGUCUUGAAUGGCAUCCCCAAAGCUGGAUCUUAACCAAAGCCGAAAAUACACACUCAUCACCCAUAGAGCGUGAAUAUGUCCGUGUACCACCCAAGAGAUCAUACCAGCCAUGGUCUGAUUCGAUCCGAGCAUGUCCUGGUAAGAAAUCCAGCCAAGUAGAGUUUGUAGCGGCCAUGGUUUCGUUGUUCAAGAGAAACCGCGUAGAGAUUGUGAGGGAGGAGGGAGAAAUAGAGGAGGAGGCAAAGAAGAGGGUUAUGAGUGUGGUGAAGGAUAAUGUUAUUGUUUUGUUGUUGCAGAUGAGGAGCCCUGAGAAGGUGAGUGUGCGAUGGGUUAGUGGAGUGUAG